AUGGUCGACCAGACAAGAUACAAGUUGUGCUACUUUGUCCCUCCCACCUCUCUUCAAGCAACAAAAGAUGCAAUCUUCGGCACAAACCUCGCUGGUAUUUUUUCGUCCUUGACAGAUGUGAACAAGACUUUAUACACGGAUGUGUGCUGGGAAACAAGCGGUACAGGAAGAUUCAUCCCUGGUCCCGAUAGCACUCCUGACAUCGGAACGCCGGGACAGCUUGAGGUGUUGGAGGAAGUCAGAGUGGAAGUGCAAGUACGGGGAAAGGAGAAUGUCAAGCAUGUUGUUGAUGCGCUGAAGCAGGCUCAUCCUUACGAAGUACCUGUCUACGAGGUCUACAGGAUGGAGGAGUUCUGA